AUGCAGGCGAUCGGCCACCAUCUGCAGCCGCGCGGCAAGCAGCAGCAGCCGCGCCGCUCCACUCGAAUCCGAGAGGAAUGUGCUGUCGAAAGGCAUCUUACACACCCGCACCGCCAGUUGCCUCUCGUAAUACGACGCAGACCGCCCUCUGAGACCGGUCACUGCGGGCCCCGGCGCGAGCCUGAAGUUCGACGACAGCGUGUGAUUGAUGCAGACGAGCCCGUCAAUGCGGGACUGCGUGCCGUGUGUCAUGACGUGCUGCAACAGCGGCCCACUCGCGUUCGACCAGCCAAUACCAACAACGUAGACGCUUCUGGUGACGUUCACCGCGUGCUCAUGGUGUUGUGGCACACCGGACAGCCUGGGCAGCUCAGUCGACUGCAGUUCCGCAUCCUCGUCGGUGUACCGCACUUCCAUGGUCGCAUUGUCCGUACCGGACGGCGGUGGCACCGCGACGCGACGCAGCCUGCACAGAUGCGAGACAACGUGAUCAAUGUCCUCCGCCGUCACCGGAACCCGUUCACGCUGCGAGGCCUCGGCUGCAGAAGGUUGGUACCCUGCAGGCCAGUUUACCAUCUCCGCAAAGGGAACAGCAGCAUGCCAAGAAGCGAAACUGAGGCCAUUGGCGUCCGACAUCCUCGAUGCGCCCUCAUGUGA